CACUCUACUGUGGUAUGAAAACAGUAGUAUACAACAGCAUUUGCAAAACGAUUGUCUACCAGGCAUAUAUAACAACAAUCCGGAACAGCGAAGUUUUUUUGUAAUACUGUGCGUCUUUGCUGCUUGUUUGUUUGCUGCAGGAUGAGGGUAACAGGAUUACUUGUGAUUGCGAUGUGCGUAUUGUAUGUCAGAGCUUUGGAAAAGAAGUGCGAUUGUCAUAACUUGAACAUAAAAGAGAUUCUUGAAAAUGUGAAAUGCCGUUUAGAAGAAAUGGGACAGAGAGAAAACGAACACAAAUGCAGUGGUACUCACAAAAAGAGUGUUGCAUUUCAUGUCAACCUUAAAAAAGAUUUAAGAAAUUUGACACCAAACGCGGUUGUAAUAUUUGACCAAGUAGUUCUGAAUAUUGGGGAGGCUUACAAUUCAUCAAACAGAUUGUUUACUUGUCCUGAGGAUGGUGUAUAUAGCUUUACUUGGACUGCAUUGACUUCACCUAACAACAGUUUUGAGAGUGUUUUUGUAGUCAACGGUACAAUUGUUGCAGCAAAUCGUGCCAGCGCUUACAAAAACAAGGAGUAUCAACCUGCAACUAAAACCGUAGUAGUUGAACUAAAGAAAGGUGACAUAGCCAAUGUGGCAGGUUAUAAAAACUAUGCAAAGCACAUGUACGGGUUCUGGUCAUCGUAUUCGGGUUUUAGGGUUUUCUAAUAAAUGUAAUAUAACUGUUACAGUGUA